AUGCGUUACUCUAUCAUCGCCUUGGUUGUUGCCGCCGCUUCCCUGGUGGCCGCCAACCCAGCACCACCUCCCAAGUGCGGCACUUGCAACCCUAUCUCAGGCCAGAACAGCUGUGAUGUCACAACCUCGUGCAUCAACACGGGCAAGACCUUCCACUGCGCCUGCCGUGCUGGCUACAAGGCGUCCUACCGCAACGGGGACAUUAAAAGCCAGUUCCGCCUGCCGAUGCCGAACUAUGAGUUCCUCGUUUUCGUUCCUGAGAACACUGUCUGCAACACUCUCUGUGACAAUCCUUAUUCUGCCCCUGCCGACCUUUGCAAGGAGGUCAAGCUCCAAAGCAAGUGCACCGUCUAG